CGCGCAGACGGACGCGGGCCGCUGGCCGCGAUGGGGGAGGGCGGGCUGCCCCCGGCCUUCCAGCUGCUGCUGCGCGCCUGCGAUCAGGGCGACACGGAGACGGCGCGGCGGCUGCUGGAGCCGGGUGCUGCGGAACCGGCGGAGCGCGGCGCGGAGCCCGAGGCGGGCGCGGAGCCGGCGGGGCCCGAGGCGUCCGGGCCCGGGGCGGGGUCGGCGGCCGGAGCGCCGGUGCCCGUAGAUUGCUCGGACGAGGCGGGCAACACGGCGCUGCAGUUCGCCGCGGCCGGGGGCCAUGAGCCGCUGGUGCGCUUCCUGCUGCGACGCGGCGCCUCGGUCAACAGCCGCAACCACUACGGCUGGAGCGCGCUCAUGCAGGCGGCCAGAUUCUGUCCACUCUUGGAGAAGAGGCCAGACAGGCCCAGUCCCCCUGCAGCUGGGGAAGCCAGUUCACCAAGCUCUCCCUCCGAGCUCCGCAGGCUGAGUGACCCGGUGCUGUUCAGGUUCACGUCUCAGAAGUCCAAGGCUCCUUCCAGCUCUGAGCCCAGAAAGAUUGCGCCAACCCCAAACGUUGCAAAACAGAACUCUUCUGCCCUCUGGCGGCAGACAAUGGAAGAGAUUUUGAUGGGAAAAGGCAUCUGUUUUCCUCUUCCUGGUAUUAGAGUUGGUGGAUUUGGACAUGUGAGCGUGGCACACCUCCUUUUGGAUCAUGGGGCUGAUGUCAAUGCCCAGAACCGGCUGGGGGCCAGUGUGCUCACCGUGGCCUCUCGGGGUGGCCACCUGGGCGUGGUGAAGCUGCUCCUGGAAGCCGGUGCCUUCGUGGACCAUCACAAACCCUCAGGCGAGCAGGCGGGGGACAGCAGGGAUGAACUCCUGGACGUCACGGCCCUGAUGGCCGCCAUCCAGCAUGGACAUGAGGCUGUGGUACGUCUGCUGAUGGAGUGGGGUGCAGACCCCAACCACGCGGCCCGCACUGUGGGCUGGAGCCCGCUGAUGCUGUCGGCACUCCUCGGGAGGCUUGGCACGGCCCAGCAGCUGGUGGAGAAGGGGGCCAACCCGGACCACCUCAGCGUGCUGGAGAAGACCGCCUUCGAGGUCGCACUUGACCGCAAGUACAGGGACCUUGCAGACUACCUGGACCCGCUGACCACUGUCAGACCCAAGACAGAUGAGGAGAAAAGGCGACCUGAUAUUUUCCAUGCAUUGAAAAUGGGGAACUUCCAGCUGGUCAAAGAGAUUGCCGAUGAAGACCCCAACCACGUGAACCUGGUUAAUGGGGAUGGGGCGACCCCACUGAUGCUGGCAGCAGUCAUGGGGCAGCUGCCUCUGGUGCAGCUACUGGUUGAGAGGCAUGCUGACGUGGACAAGCAGGACAGCGUGCAUGGCUGGACGGCCCUCAUGCAGGCCACCUACCACGGGAACAAGGAGAUUGUCAAAUAUCUGCUAAACCAAGGAGCUGAUGUCACUCUCCGUGCAAAAAACGGGUACACGGCCUUUGACCUAGUGAUGCUGCUGAGUGAUCCUGACACGGAACUUGUUCGACUGCUGGCAUCUGUCUGCAUGCAGGUGAAUAAAGACAAAGGCCGGCCCAGCCACUCACCACCCCCGCCCCACUCGAAGGUCCGACAGCCCUGGAGUGUCCCAGUGCUGCCUGAUGACAAAGGCGGACUUAAGUCCUGGUGGAACCGAAUGUCCAAUCGGUUCCGGAAGCUCAAACUGAUGCAGACACUGCCCCGUGGGCUGUCCAGCAACCAGCCAUUGCCCUUCUGUGAUGAGCCAGAGCCAGCACUGGACUCCACAAUGAGGGCGCCCCCCCUAGACAAGACGAGCCGCUCUGGGCUCCCCGACGUGACCCCCACGACCAAAGACAAUGGUCCUGGGAGCACAAGAGGAGAAAAGGAAGAUGUGUUAUUGACAACCAUGCUUCGGAAUGGAGCCCCCUUCACCAGACUCCCAAGCGACAAGCUGAAGGCAGUCAUCCCCCCUUUCUUACCCCCUUCCAGCUUUGAGCUGUGGAGCUCGGAUCGGUCCCGGACAUGUCACAACAGGAAGGCAGACCCCAUGAAGACUGUGCGGCCCCAGAGAGCCAGCAGGGGGCAGCCUAUGGGCGGCGGGAGCACAGACACCACUCCCGUCAGGCCAGUUAAAUUUCCAUCUCUCUCCAGAAGCCCAGCCUCUCCCGCCAAUUCUGGAAACUUCAACCACUCACCUCAUUCUUCUGGUGGCUCCAGUGGGGUAGGAGGCAUGAGCAGGCACGGUGGGGAGCUGCACAACCGCUCAGGUGGCAGCAUAGACAGUGUUCUGUCCCAGAUCGCUGCCCAGAGGAAAAAAGCAGCUGGAUUAUCUGAGCAGAAGCCCAGCCAUCAGUCAAGUCCUGUUGGGCCAGCACCUGGCUCCAGCCCAUCUGAGCUCCUGGUCUCCUCUGCAGGCGGCAGUGUUCCUGGUGGCAAGCAGAAACUGGAGACGAGCAAAAGGCCUCCGUCUGGAACUUCCACUACCUCCAAAAGCACCUCCCCCACCCUCACGCCUUCACCUUCUCCCAAAGGGCAGGCAGCCGAGUCCUCCGUGUCCUCCUCCUCAUCCCACCGGCAGUCCAAGAGCAGCGGGGGCUCCAGCAGCGGCACCAUCACUGAUGAGGAUGAACUGACUGGAAUCCUUAAGAAAUUAUCACUUGAGAAAUAUCAGCCCAUUUUUGAGGAGCAAGAGGUGGAUAUGGAAGCAUUUCUCACGCUCACCGAUGGUGACUUGAAGGAGCUGGGUAUUAAGACAGAUGGAUCCAGGCAGCAGAUUUUGGCAGCGAUUUCUGAACUGAACGCAGGCAAGGGACGCGAGAGACAAAUUUUACAGGAAACCAUUCACAACUUCCACUCUUCCUUCGAGAGCAGCGCCAGCAACACCAGGGCCCCUGGAAACAAUCCCUGUACGUGACCUUCCUUCCUGUGGUCACCAGUGUGAGCUUUCUGAAUCUCAGUACCCCCUUCACAUGGCCGGUGCUCCAGCCACCAUCAGACCUUCCCCAUUCCCUGAAACACACUAUGUUUUUGUCACACCACUGUGCCUUAGUCCUUCUGCCUGGAACACCUGUCUUCCCUUCCCUGAUGUAGUAGUUGGUGAUGCUUGUUGCUGUAACAAACUCCAACACGGUAGAGACUUACUCUCCCAUACAAUCCAGUAUGGCUGCAUCCACUCGGCAGAAGCACACGGUGAUUCAGGGAGCCAGCUCCUUUCAUCUGUGGCUCUGCCAUUCCUGGGGCUUCAGACGGUUUGUUUCUGGCUGGCAGAGGGGAAGGGGAUGGUGAAGAAGGCACAGCCAUUUCUUUACUGCUUUGCUCUUAACUGCUCACAUUCCAUUGGUUCCUCCUGCUCACGUUCCAUCGGCCAUUCAUAGUCACGUGGCCCCACGUGUAGUCGUUGUCCAGGAAGUGUAGUCGUUGUUAAGGUAGUGGCUUCACAGCAACAGCUCCGUACUUAGAUGGGGGAGCACAUAUUUUGGCAGAAGUUUAGCCACUCUUCCACAUCUUCCCUUAGAACUUCUAACUUCUCCCUAAUGGUCCAAGUCACCUAACAAAUGAAGCCUUUCUCAACACCCUUACACAGAACUAACUCCUCCAGCCUCUGGGGCCCUUACUGCUCUGUGUGAUAACUCUGCUCUUGCACUUCACUGCACCUGCUGCAGACAGCGUACAACAGCUGUUCAGGAUGUAUAUGUUGAAUGCGUACUUCUUUCUUGCAAAGGCAGCCUUUUAUGUAAGGAAAAAUGGCGAGGCUCAGGGUGUGAUCUUGAGGGAUCCCUUUUCCUUCCUGGCCUUCAGUUUCCUUGUCUGUCGUCAGGCAAGACAAUGCUCUGAUAUUCCACGCUGCUCACCCCAUAUCACAGUAGGGCUUUUCCACUUUGAGUGGGAACAGAAGACCCUAAUAUGUUACACUGUAGAAGGACUUGGGUACUCACAUUUUCUAGGCAAAGAAGUGAAGAAUUUAGAAUUUCUUCUAAGGCUACAUUCCUCAGAAGGGAAUCAGCCUAUGUAGUUUUCUACUGUGUCAUAUUCUAUGAAAGGGACUCUGACUUUUGAGUCCAGUAGGUUUCUGAAAUGUCUUCAAGUGCGUAAUUCAUUCGACCAGCACCACUGGAUGCUGCGGGUGCAGAGAUGAGUCAGAGCCAGUCCCCACCCUUGAGGACCUGUACAGCAAGAGAAGAAAGGAAUGGUGGUCCCAGCCUCGAGGGGCAGCACAGCAGAAUGGAGAGAGCGUGUGCUCUGGACUCAGGCUUAGGGUUCUGGUUCAGCCCUGCAGCUAGCCAGCUGUGUGGCCAGGGAUGGGUAAGUUGGCGCUUAGAGCCAGUGUGCAUCAAGCACGUGGU